GUCAGGGGAAAUACAUCGAGACCUGGACGCGAGCCAGCUAUCUUGAAAAACUUGUGUGAACAACGUAUCACUCGCUGUUCCAGUCAGGUACAAUUACCGACGUCUGACACGCUAAAAUUUCACACCGUGAUCUUGACACUGAAAAGCAACAGCUCGAUUUGUAUGCUUUCAUAGCCAAUAAUGAGACUGAUUUUGACGAGACGAGUAGGAUAUUUCUCCGUCAAGCUUGCUGCCCUGCUGGCCACCCUGGCUAUACUCUACCUGAUCAGCAAGGGUUACCGGAAACCCGACUCCAGCAGGAAGACUUUUAAAUUUACCCAGCUGGGCUACGAUGAUGAAAACAGGCCAGAGAAGGUGUGCAACUGCCAGGCCAUCUUGGAAGGUGACAAUGAGGCGCUGGCAGAGGCCAAGCUAUUGAAUCUGGACCGGAAUUUCCGCAAACGCGUCCAAGUUCCGGAUGAAUUUUACGUGAAUGCCAGCAAAGACUGCACGCAAUUUAAGGCGAGCCGGAAGUAUCUCACAUUCCCCCUAAGCCAGGAAGAGAAAGACUUUCCGCUUGCUUACUCCAUUGUUCUCCAUCACAAAAUGCAGAGCUUCGAACGUCUUCUGCGGACAAUCUACGCUCCACAGAACAUCUACUGCAUCCACGUAGACCUGAAGGCGCCGCCUUCGUUCUUCGCGGCCGUCUCGUCCGUGGCCGCCUGCUUUCCCAACGUGUUCCUGGUCGGGCGGCGCGAGAACAUGAUCUACAACGGUUGGUCCCGAGUCCAGGCUGACCUCAACUGCAUGGCCGAACUGAAUGCCAGCAACGUGGCGUGGAAGUACUUCCUCAACGUCUGUGGCCAGGACUUCCCACUCAAGACCAACCUGGAGAUGGUGCGGGCGUUGCGGGCGCUCGACGGCGGCAACAGCCUGGGGACGAUAGCCUUCCCCAAGGAAAAGAUGUGGAGGGUGGACAAAGUUUACAAGGUGGUGAACGGACGCUGGGUGCCGGACAAGGGAAAGAAAAAGGGACCACCGCCCGUUCAGCUCUUUUCAGGGAACGCCUACAUAAUCGUGUCGAGGGGCUUCGUCCAAAGUGUUCUGGAGGACCAACGCAUCCGUACCCUAAUCGAUUGGGCCAAAGACACCUUCGACGCCGAGGAAACAGUGUGGGCGACCGCUCAGCGUAUACCCGGCGUGCCCGGCUCUACAUGGGCCAACAACAAGUACGACAUGACCGACCUACACGCCAUCGCCAGGCUUGUUAAGUGGGCCUGGCACGAAGGCGAUCGGUCAUCCAAAAAUGCCGCGUAUCCGCCGUGCCAAGGCGUCCACGUGAGAGACAUUUGCGUGUACGGGGCAGGCGAUCUUCAAUGGCUGUUGACACACCGGCAUCUCUUUGCGAACAAGUUUGACAUAAACACGGACCCCGUCGCCAUCUACUGUCUGGAAAAUUACCUCCGACAAAGAGUGCUGGAACAGCUACUGGAAGUAAAAUGACGGGUAUGGGUCGGAACCUACCGAUACACUCAAAAAAUGACUCCGGUAGGUUGUAAAGUUUACUAAAAGACAAUGUGCAGUUUCAGCAAGAACACAUCAUGUUUCCAAGGUGAGCAUGAUUGAAUCAUGCAGUCUCUACAUAAACAUGAACAGUGAUUGAGUAGCUAGAUUAGAACAUGUUGAUGCAACAUAAUGUUAAAGUUCCUUUCCAACCAAUUGCAAUAGUCUCGUCAUUUGUCGCGAGAUUUAAAAGUAGGGUUGCCAACUCCCUGAAAAAACAAGUGACACCUCAUUGGUAGAGCUGGCCGGCCCAAUAACCGUCACUAUUUAAUUAUUUUGUUUGUGAAAAGUGUUUUUUUUUUUAAAUUAUUAGAUGGGGCUUUGCAAGGGACAGGCCCAGCUAGUAAAAUUCCUCAACUUUAUUUUUAUUUCUUUAUUUCAUAAUCUUAUUAUCAGGGGUGCACAUAAUUUUUUUGCCCAGGUUCUCAGAGGAGGACCUGGAGAUGUGACUUGGUCCUCAUUGAGCUUGAGAGCCGACCCGCCUGAUGCGAUAAAAUUAUGACAAGCUUUACUUAGAGUCAAUUACCUUUAAUUAAUUAUAUAAACAAUUAACGCUUGAUUAACAUCAACUGGCACAACAAAAUUGCCAUUACUUUGAAGUGAAAUGUAAAGUAAUAAACAUGAAAGCACUAAUUCAAAAUAAAGGGCAUUCAUAUGCGGCUCUCACAUUAAAGUGCCUGUGACACGAAAAAGCAUGUUUAUUUCAUAAUA